AUGGCGAAGGUUCAGAGGGUGGAAAGGAGGAGGAAGUAUCAUGAAAGCUGGUUUUGCCAGACAGAAAUUUUUCCAAGAGAUUCCAGUCUAAAAGACAAAUUCAUAAAACAUUUUACAGGGCCAGUCACAUUUUCGUCAGAGUGUAGCAAGCACUUUCAUCGACUGUAUCACAACACAAGGGACUGCUCAACACCAGCCUAUUACAAAAGGUGUGCAAGGUUGCUAACAAGAUUAGCAAUGAGCCCGUUGUGUACACAGUCCUAGGAUGUUUGCUAUACUUUGUACUAAGGAGAGAAUUCUGAUUUGCCAAGAAAGUGCCUUGAAAUCUUCCAAGACGGAGAAGACAUCUUUUACCUUUUUGAUUUACAACGUUUUGUUACUAGAUACUUUUUAUUUUCAUAUGUUUGUCGGACAUUCCAUAUUUGUGUGAAACAUUAUUUUAUUUUAAUUUGUAAAUUUGUUGCCUAUAGUUCAGACAAGCCAAUUAUUUAAAUACAUUGUAUAUAAAGAAUACUAAUGAUAUACUGAUUAAAUGUUAUAACCGUAUGCAGGGAGUUGGUAAAAUUUUGCUGUUUCUCUUGUUCCAUUGUAUUUACAUCAUUCUGCUCAGGCUCUUACUUUCAUUAUUUGCACUAACUUGAAAUGCAGAAGUCUGUGUAACUGAAAUCUGAAUAAGCUGUAAGUGGGGAAGUUUUACUUGCCAUGGAAGAUAUUUUAUAUUAUGAAGCUUUGUUAAUAUAUACAUAUAUAUUAUUGCGCAUCAGAAAAAAAUUGCUCAGAAAUGCACCUUGCUUUCAGGAACAUUUGUAUGACUAUUCUGGAUUUUCAUCAGUUACAUUUGUACUGGCACUUAUGGAAAGAGUUGCAAAUAAUGUAAAUAUAAAGACUGGAAAACUGCAAUGCAGUUUUGAUGGAAUAAAGAAC